AUGGCCAUAUUCUCCGUCGGUCUCUUAUUCUUCCUCUUCUUUCUAGUCUUCCUAUACUUUAGUCGCAAGAAACAUUAUCGUAUUCGAGAGAAAAUCGGACUGAAAGGACCUGAAACUCAUUGGCUUCUCGGAAAUUUGAAUGGAUUCAUCGAGUGAGAUUAGUGCUUGAGAUAACUUGGAACCAUGCAUUUCAGAAGAAAAACGAAGAUUGGUCACGAUGACGCAUACGAUUGGUUCAUCGAGUUGCACGAAAAGUAUGGAGAGACAUUCGGGUUAGUCAAAAUUCUUUUCGAAUUCGAUUUUCGGAAUUCAUAGAUUUUUCGUUGGACGUCAGCUUGAUAUUAUCAUUUCAAACGAAGAGGACAUUAAAGAAGUGCUCGUCAAGAACUUUUCCAACUUCUCCGACCGAAAGGAACCGGAGUAUAUGGAGGGCUCGAGUCAGUUGCCGCAGUUGUGCCCAACUAGUCAAUAAUGUUACAGGCCUGUCCAAAUCCUUGUUCUUCUCGAGAUAUGCAACCGGUUGGAAACACUCUCGGGUCGCGAUCUCCCCCAUCUUUUCUAGCGGAUCAAUGAAGGCAAUGUUUGCAACAGUCGAACUGAAGGUGGAUGUCUUUCUGAAUGUUUUGAAAGAGAAAUCUCAAAGAGGCGAAAGAUUCGACAUUCUCGAGUAAGUUUCAAAUGAAAAUGGAUUAGAACUUGAUCAAGUUUCAGAGAUUUCCAAGCACUUACGCUUGAUGUUAUAGCAAAAUGCGCGUUCGCAAUCGAUAGCAGCUGUCAAACAGAUCGAUCCGAUCUGUUUUACGUCCAAGCCAAAGAGUUUGUGAAGAACAUUGACUACCGAGAGAGCUGGAUAACAACAUCUGGACGUAAGCAUAUUUAACUCGAUCACGGACUCAAACAUACCGUUAUUCAGUGUUUCUGCAAGAGUUUGGAAGUGUUUGGAAGUAUUUGUACAGAUUCAGUGGGAUGGCAAAGCCAGAGAAGCCUUUGGUUCAAGGGCUCUAUGACUUGUGAGUUCGUGACAAUGCGGCUGAAAAUAUCAUUGCCACAGUUUUGUUCAGAUAUCAACGUCGAAUGAGGGGGGAAUCGUCUGAAAGUGUAGAUCUGCUGAAUCUCAUGAUUCAGAGGAACAAGAGAAAGCAAAACGCAGACCAAGUAAAACAAGAGCUUCUUCUCUGUCUCUACAGUAACUCAUUAUUUCAGAAAAUCUCCGAAGAGGAGAUCGUGGGCAACUGUUUUGCUGUACUUCUGGGAGGAUACGACACUUCGAGCACUGCUCUGACCUUCCUCAUUUAUUUAUUAUCCAAGCAUCCGGAUGUUCAAGAGAAACUGUUCGAAGAGAUUCAGAAUGUGAAAGAAACUUGUGUAAUGAGACUGGCAGAGUGUCUUCAUGAUAUUAUUGAUUUCAGGGCAUUAACCACGAUUCAAUUUUCGGAAUGAAAUAUCUGGAUGCAGUUUACAAGGAGAGUUUGCGUCUGUAUCCACCAGUUUAUCAGUAUGAGAAUCUUCCCCGCUUCCCCGAAAACAGUAGAUUUCAGUGCGAUCGUCCGUGUCUGUCUCAAUGAUAUCACCAUCAGAAAUCAAUUCAUUCCAAAGGGAUCUUGCGUGACCACGAUGCCAUACACCGUCCACAGAAACGAAGAAAACUGGAAGAAUUCGAAUGAGUUCGUGCCAGAACGGUUUCUCGACUGGAACGAAAAGAGUUCGCUGAAGUGGAUUCCGUUCGGAGUUGGACCGAGAAUCUGUGUGGGAAUGCGAUUUGCCGAGAUGGAGAUCAAAACGACGGUUGUGAGAAUGAUGGAGAAGUUUGAGAUGAGCGUGGAUUCUGAGCAGCCGGAGAUGAUCACAGAGUGCGAUGGAAUUGUGAUGAAGCCAAAGGAUCCCGUGUUCAUUCAACUCAACGAGAGAUAA